CCACGUUUACUUGUAUAGCGUUGAGUUAUCACUCGUUAGAUCGACAGUCUGUGCUACGCGCGUGCACGUGCUUAAAAUUAUUGGUCAAAGUGUGCAACUUGUGUUCUAAAACGUUAAAUAUUUUAAUUGAGGAAAACAACUUUGGGAAUUAAGAUUGAUAUUUUAUUUUUCUGCAACAACUACAAACAUUUUUCAGAACGUGUGGAUUAUUUAUUUUAUCCGAAUUAUUUACGGUUUCCGAUUUAGAAAUUAUUAUGACCGAUGCAAUUCCGUCGACGGGCCCCGUUUCCUCUGCCACAGCAACAACACUAACAUCGGACUCGUCGGAAAAUAUGAAUAGUCCAUCAAAAUGCGUGCUGAUUGCUUGUGGAUCUUACAAUCCGGUUACAAACAUGCAUCUCCGAAUGUUCGAGAUAGCUAGAGACGCAUUACACAGAACACACAGGUUUACAGUAAUCAAAGGGGUCAUUUCUCCAGUCAGUGACGCUUACAAUAAAAAGGAUUUGUUGCCCGCCAGUCAUCGGUGUGAAAUGCUGAGACAAGCUCUUAAGACCAGCAACUGGAUCAACAUGGACACAUGGGAAUGUGAACAAACAAAAUGGACAGAAACUGCCAAAGUUUUGAGAUACCAUCAAGCGAAAAUUGAUAGGGAAUACAACAGCAAAGCAAAGCCCACCCCCACAAAGAAGAGAAGAAAGGACCUACGGAAUGUUCACAUCAACAGCAAUGACAGUGAAUAUGAUGACAGGACCAUUGACGAUCACAAUGCAAUAAAUGCAGCCUUGAAGAAGGACACGGUUAAUGUCAGGUUACUGUGUGGGGCUGAUCUUCUGGAAUCAUUUGGAACUCCGGGACUAUGGGCUGACAAAGAUAUUGAAGAAAUUGUUGGAAAACACGGACUUGUGUGUAUAACGAGAGAAGGAUCAGACCCAAGAAAGUUUAUAUAUGAAUCAGAUGUAUUAACCAAGUAUCAAGAAAAUAUCAUCAUAGUCACAGAGUGGAUAUUUAAUGAUAUUAGUUCAACAAAAAUCAGGCGAGCACUGAGACGGGGAGAGAGUGUUAAAUAUCUGCUACAGGAUGUUGUUAUAGAAUACAUUAAGGAGAAUCACCUAUACGGGGUGGAGGACAAUAAGUAUGUAAAUGAUGUCAUCCCCUCGCCUGUUGUGGAUAAUGCAAUUUCAGAUGCACAUUGGAGUUCUGAAGAUCAAGUGUCCGAGUGCGAGGAGGUGCCAAGGUCACCUAAGAGAAUAAAUGAGGAUCCACUCGAAGGUCCCCCUUCCCCAAAAUCCCCCCGCCAUGUUCCAUGUAUGGGUUCCGAGUUGGGAUCUCUGGUCAGACGUGUCAGAAAUUACAGCUUUCGACAGGGGAUGUUCCAACAUCGUCAGGUGGAAAACCAAUGACUAUGUGCUUUUGUCAAAACCGCAAGACUCCUUAUGCACUGUGGUAGCAUUGCCCACCUUCACUGCGUUACUCACUCCCAGUGUCAAACUGAACAUUUUCAGAGUACUCACUUUCUGCCUUUGUGAAUACAUGUGUAUGCUUUCUGAUUUGACAUGGAUUGAAACCUGCUGGUUUUGACAGGUAUAUAUCAUGAAGUUGAAUCAAAUUAUUAUAAAACACUAUCUCUCUCUCUCUCUCUCCAAAUCUAAACACCAAAAACUAUAUACUUGUAUUUACAUUUAAAAUACAUGUACUGUUAAACUAUGUUUUUACUGUUAUCUUUACAUGGACCCACUGAAUCUAUACAAGUGUAGAGCCGUGGAUAAAAAAGCAUAAACUGCUCUAAACCAUAUCAUAUUUAAAGUCAAGUGGGUCAAAAAUUAACCGUAAUUUCACUCCAUACCAUUCAGUUUUCAAAAUGUUGAUGCAAUUUGUAUCAGCACAGCAAUCUAAAUUUCAUUUGAAUCGGAGCAAUAUUGUGAAAGUGAUAAACUACAGUAAUUGAUUUUUGAUGUUGUUUGUUGCUGUCAUGUGCCACAGCUUUGCAGCAAACCAAAUUAUAUAACAUUUUUUAUGAAUGCCAAUUGGACUCUGUUUGAACAGAAAAUGAAUUAUUAAAACAUAAUUAUUUUAUCUAAAAUUCACUGUAGGUUGUCCAACUGAUGAUAAGUAUAUAUUAUCGAUUAUUCAUGUUCCAUGUAUUUUGUGUACUGGUAUGAAUAAUAAAUGUUUUUAAAACUCCCAAUUGCAACUUAAUGUGGAAAGUUUUUAAUGGUGUCAAUAUGUGUGCAAAGUACAUGUACAUAAUUGUUGAAAAUACGGUUGAAUAUACUUUAGGAGAAAUUCUACUACAGAGAAAUUUGAUAUGGAUGAAAAGAUUAAGGAUAUGUAAAACAAUAUUUUGCAAUUGACAACUAUCAUAUUUACUUUAUUUAGUCAAAAAAAUUUACUUUGUUUAGACAAAAAAUGCAGUUUAAAUAGAAAUAGGGGGGUGGGGGGUGGGAAUUAAAACCCCUGCUGGACUUGAACCCGCAAUCUAUAGAUUAGCAGUCAACAUGCUAACCUACCAUCAGGCUAGGCAAUUAAAUCGAAAUGGAAUAGACAAAUAUUGCAGAUAUAUUUUCAUUCAUAUUUGAAAAGGAAGUUGGCCAUUAAAAGGAUGUAGUAUAUCUCCUUGAAGGGAAUUUUUGGAACACCUACAAUUCUGUAGAACCAAGAUUCCUUGCAUGCAUUUGAGGAAGUCCUUAUAUUUAAAAACGAAUAGGUAUAGACAUUGUAUGUAUACUUUCUUCAGCAACAAUAUAAUAAAAAGAACAUUUAAUAUAUACGUAAUUGAAAAAGAAUUUAUUGUACUUUACCUUUUUAAAGUAAAUUCAUUUUAGACAAAGAAAAGAAAUUAUGCUAAUAUUCAACUUAAGAACAGAGAAAUUAUAAUUGUAAAAUUGCAAUUGGGGAAUGAAUAUCACCUCCUUAAAACCAAGUAUUCCCAUUAACUGAAUGCCUAAUAACAAUUUUAUCUUACUAUUAAAGACAUCUGAGAAAUGCAGUUGUGAAUUUACUAAUUAGUCCCUACAUAAUGAAAAUUUCUUCAUAAUGAAGUUCCAAUAUAAGCAAGUUUUACUGUUCUAUAUAUUGUUUGUAUGUGUAUGUGAAAUAUAAUGUACUUCAUUUCAAUACCUCAGAAUUUAAAGGGUCAUUAAAUAAUGCCAAUUGCUAGUAACAAAUGUCAGGCAAAGAAUUAUCCUAUAGAAAAUUUGUGAUGUAUGACUGCAGUUGACCACAAAUUUUUUAUAGACCGGUGAGCUGCUGUUAUGCAGCAAACAAAGGAUAAAAUUGGUACAAGUUUUCCACCUGUUAUAGUAAGAUGUAUAUUUAAACAUUGUUACAUGUUAUAUAUAUUCUAUGUUGAUAUACAUGUUUUGUUGCUUAGCUAUCAUUACACACUAUGUACUAGUAUAUACAUUUGUGUGUACAACUGUACAAUACAUUUAUUAUUGUUAAGUAAACUUUGAUAUGCCUAUAGUGAAGUGUUGAAAUAAAUCUUUAAAAAUAUA